CCCCCGCCGUCGCGGCCCCGGUGGAGCGGAGCGGAGCGGGGCGGGCACGGGCAGCGGCAGCCGGGCCAUGGCCCCGCACCAGCCCAGCGCCGGGCAGUACCUGCGCUCCGACAGCGGCGGCUCGGAGGCCCCAAUGCUGGCGGACGGCACCGGCCCCGGCGGGACGCGGGGACGGCGGCGGCAGCGGUGCGGGCCGCUGUGGGGCAGCGUGGCCGUCAUGGCCAUCCUCGCCCUGCAGAUCGCCUCCACCACCGGCCUCUUCGUCUACUUCACCAUGGCCAUCUCCAAGCUCAAAGCCCAAGUGCCGGGGAGCACGGAGGAGCUGCGGUGUCUGCAGGUUAUCAACCAGCAGCCGGAGGGCUCCAGCCUGGAGGAGCUGAUCAGCAACCAGUCCUGCCUCAAGCUGGCCAACACCAUCAAAGCCUACGUGGCCACGGUGACGGAGAACGUCAUCCGCAGGAGCGCGGUGAAGGAGGCCCGGUGGAGCCACUUCAACAUCUCGGAGGGGCAGGUUCCUCCCAAAACGGCCGGCAAACCCUCGGCACAUCUCACCCUGCGCCCACAGAGCCUGGCCCAGGACGGAAACUCCAGGCGCUUUGGGAACCUCUCCCAGUCCUGCCGCCACGCCAUCGCCCGCUGGGAAGACAGCACCAUCCACUCGCACCUGCAGAACAUCACCUACCGGGACGGCCGGCUGCGCGUCAACCAGGCGGGCAAGUACUACGUCUACUCCCAGAUCUACUUCCGCUACCCCAGCGACGGGGCCAGCGCCCGAGCCUCCGUCCCCCAGCUCGUCCAGUGCAUCAACUGGAAGACGACCUACAGCCAGCCCAUCCUCCUGCUCAAAGGGGUGGGCACCAAGUGCUGGGCGCCCGAGGCGGACUACGGGCUGCACGCUCUCUACCAGGGGGGGCUGUUUGAGCUGAAGACGGGCGACGAGCUCUUUGUUUCCGUCUCCUCCUUGGCCAUCGACUACAAUGAUGCAGCAGCCAGCUAUUUCGGGGCCUUCCGGCUCGACCUGUGACAGCCCCCUCCGCGUCCCACCUUCCCGCUGCCUCUGCCCGUCGGCCCGGGGGCAGCAGCUCUUCGAACAGGACGGCGGCCGAAUGGGCGGGGGCCGGCGCGGGGUCCUUCCCUGCCUGCGUCGUCCCUUGCGGCGAGGGACGAGCCAGAGGAGGGCACGGGGGGCGGCUGCCCGAGGAAGCCCACGAGCCAGGAAGGGUCUCUGAGGGCCCACGGGAGACACGCACGAGGGGGGAAGGUGGCAGCCCCGGUGACACGUCACCUCCCUGGCUCCCGGCCGAGCAAACGAAACCACCAAACGGCUCCCUGCUGUGGGGGAGGCACCGCGCUCACAUCCACAGCCGCAGGACAAAGCGUCCCCGCGGCAGGAUGACCCUCCGCACGUCUGACCCCGCGUCCGGCAGGAGGGGACCCGGCCAGCUGGGCUGCGGGGGCUCGGGGACCCCAUGCCGGAGGCGCUGGGACAGAAGCCGGGGGUAGCAGGGAGCAGCGGCACGGCGAGCACGGGGCCGGCACCCCCGCGGCAAAGCACCAGGGGACGACGCGCAGGUACGAGGCAGGUCCAGCACCAGCUGCUGGGAAGGAGGGAAGGAGUUUCGGUUGGGGCGAAUUAGAAGCGUGGAGCGACGCCAGCAGCCAGUUUCAGGGCAGAUCAAAGAGCAGGACCACGAGGCUGGAGCACGAACCACCGCGCCCGCGGCAGAGAGGAGCGUUUUGCCCGAGCUGAGCUGCACGGACCGUCCGGCCCAAGAGCUUGCCGUCGCACCUCCCCUUCGCUGCUGACCGAGCGUCUCUUUCCGUGGGGAUUCUGGUCCUCCCCGCCCGGCCGGGCCAGCGCAGCCACCCGCUUCCCACAGCUCCGGUCCCGGCCGUCGUUCACCUGCAGGAUUUCCACGCGGGGUGGCACAGGACCCAGCAGGAACGGGACCAACCCCGCGGUGUUAAGGGCCACGUCAGGUGCCGAAGGUGGGUUCCAGCAGGGCAAGCUGGCUCGGCCCACGGACGCUGGAGUGGACGCAGCCCCCUUUUGUAAUUACCUGUGUAUUCUCUGUAUCCCGUUAAGACUGCUGGUGUGUACGGACAGGACGGCAGCACAGGCUCCCACGAAGGAUGCAAGCACCCCCACGCCGCUACGGCUGCGAGGGCGGGGGGGGCUCUCGCUUUAAAUAAAGCCCGUACUCCA